CCACUACUUUUCACAAUUCGCAGUAGAUCAAAAUUUACUUUAUCGUUUGCGUUAAAAUAAGUUAAGGCGGGAAAAACAGUGUUUGAUUGUAAAAUUACCUUACAUUAGAAUUUAUUAAAUGGAGAAACAUAAAGAGCGCACUCUAGAGGAAAUAAAUGAGGUACUAAGUUUAGCUAAACUAAAUGAGAAUGAUGUAAAACCCAUUUUGCAAACGCUUUAUUUUACUGAAGAAAAUCUAUAUGACAAUAAUUACAGAUUGUUGCAACUAGACUCAAAUUUAUUGAAAGAAGUUAGUGCUGGAAGCACACUCUAUGUAAAAGGCAACGACAACGAUGAAGUAGUUAUAUGUUCGGAUACUAAAACUUUUCACGUUGUAGCUGCAGAAACAUCAAAUAGUUUACUAUUAGCAAGUAAUUUGACUUUUAGUAAUGAUAUUAAAGAUACGGAUGAACGUAAAAUCAGUAAAGUUAAAAUUUGCGGGAUAUUUUACGAUUAUCUAGAGGCUGUCGUUGGAAAGCCACAUUUAAAAAGAUUAACACAACUCUUGCAGAAGACCAUUUAUAAAGGACCAGAGUUUGAAUUUGAAAUUAAUAAAGAUGAUUUGCUUACAUUUGAAGACCUAAAUAAUAUCGUUCAGGCAUCUUCAUCUGAAUUAAAAGAGGCCCUUGAAUCACUGAAUGUGGUGUAUAUAAAUGAGAAAGUUCGGUUAUUAGAUUUCGAGUAUCAUUUUAGAGUAUUGUCUUACAUGCUUAAAUUAAUAGAUGAGAAUUCUUGGGAAUUAGAUGAAAUAGACUAUGAAGAAACUAUAGGGGCUUUAAAAGAUUUAGUUCCAAAGGAAAUUGUUUCCAAUUUACUCGACAAAUAUGUUGAAGAAUCUAAAAUAAUUGAUGGAGUUCAGUUGUAUAAAUAUAAGGAACUGGAUAUAUGUAAAUUUUUCGCUCAGGUUUUGCUACAUGGAACUGGAAAAUUUAAUUUAGAUGAGUUUCUGCAAGCGUGGAAAGAGUCUGUUCCUGAAGGCAUGGUUCCUGAUGAAGAAAUGCUUUAUGGUAUAGCUAUAAUUGAUCGAAAAGCAAUACCAAAUGUCAUCUGGGCUUUUGAAGAAAGUAAUUUACCAGAAAAUAUUAAUGAGCGGUUUAAAACACUCUUCGAAAUGAAGGAAAAAUGGACUGUAGCCGAAAUUUCCCCGUAUAUCCAGAGUUUAGCAACUGAGAAGAUCGAUGUUAAUGCUAUAUUGGCGAAAUAUGCACGGGCGUCAAAAGUGAAUGGUGUAAAAUACUAUUCUACAAAACAUGGAAAAUGAUACAGUUUCACUAUUUACUUUGCUAUUACGUAUGUAAUUUUAACUGAUUAAAAUUAAUUAAGCACUA